AUGAAAACUGAACUUCUUAAAAUAUUAUCACUUAAAACCUUCUUUAGAAUAUUAGAAACCAAUGGUAAUACUAUUAAGUAUUCUUUCCAGAAACCAAGUUUGCUAUUACUUCACAAUAUUCAUGUGCAAUGGUUACAAUAUAUCUGGCAAAAAACUGAUAAACAUGUUCCGGUGUACCUAAGUCACAAUGGUACUGAGCCUUUGUGUAAAAAUGAAGUACCAUCAGGAUUCAUAGAUAAUUUAGCAGUCCAUUACAAUGAUACCAGUAUCAUACAACAUAAUAUUCACAACUUUGAACCUCAAAAUGUAACUAAACUGAGAUUUAACUUGAAAGUGUCAGAGCAAGAAGUUAUGCCGUACUUCUUUCAGUGGCAAAGAUAUAGGAAAUACUGGUGGAGCUCUAUAACUACAACACCAGGUCUGUUCAGCAUCAAUGAAAUUCGAAACGGAGAUGAUUCUGCUGAGGUGGACAUAGUAGCCCAUCUUACAUGGGGAGAGCAAGUUGUAGAAAAUGUUUCUUUCAAAAAAAUAAAUGAUGAUCCAGCUACGAGCACCCUCACAUGUUCCACGAGCCUGGAGGCGGCGCUGAUCACACUGCUGGCAGACGGGCUCAUCAACAGCUCCAAGGAAGACUACCUGCGGCUGCACAGGAAGUUGGCUCCGUACAAAGUUUCCUUUGCUUUGCAGUGUGAUGAUGAUAAAACUAAGAAGACCCUGCAGGACCUAGCUAUCCUUCUGAACAGCAAACUGCAAGGAAAAAAUAUAUCGACUUGGUUUCCUGAAUUUAAGUUACCUGUAGAUGAGCAGCUUACUGUCAACCGCAAAAUGGGUGUGGUCUACACAGCGAUCCUGGACGACGCCGCGCUGAACAACGGAAUAUUCUACUUGAUGAACAGCAGCACCAUGUUGAAGGAACAAAUUCACGUAUCGGACUUUGAAAAUUAUGCGGAGUUGCUGUUUAAAAACUAGCAUUUUAUGUAGGUAUUUAACUAGUAGAUAUAGAGUGAGUGUUUUAAAACCAUCAUAGUUUCUAGUUAAAACAGAUACUAUCUAAUAAAAUUAAGUUUAACAAAUAAAAAAGUAAACACUUUUAGAUUUAUUUUAUUCACGAAAUCUUAUUGCAAGACCUUAGCACUACAAUAUAAAAGUAAUGUUUGAUCUAUUGAUGUUACAAAUGCAUUUUUAAAUUUUAAGUCAUAAUAUUCACACACCAGGGUCAUUGGCCAAUACAGAGUCCAUAUUCUUAUGGAAUAGGCUUUUUAUUACCAGUAACAAAAAUAAACUAAGCCUCUGAGAUGUUGAAUACUGGAGCGCACUACAGCGCCAAACUAAGUGGAUUUGUUAAUAGCACACUAUCUAAGACAUUCGAUGUGUAACAACGUAUGGAAGGCGCGGACAAGCGAACUACAUCCCAUACGCUGAGUGGCGCAUUCGCGUCACUGACACACCCUACACAAUACAA